UGGACACAAGUCCACUGUCUGAGGCCAUGAGAAAUAUCAUUAGUAACUUUCACCAGUGCUGUUUCUGUGCUAUUUUUGUCCCACUUAAAGUUUCCUUGAAGCCAAUGAAUUGUUUUGGUUCUUUUUUUGUCACUCCGUCUGUCGUAACUUUACUGGUGUGUUGGGGAUCGUAGCUGCUGGAGAGAUGGCCUCACUUUUGACCUUUUGGUCUUGACUGAUUCAACUGGCCCACAUCUUCAACCCUCCACCACCGUGCCUGACAGUUAUGAGCUGAUUUUCUCGUCGUAUCACCGUGAACGACUCUAGUUAUAAAUUAACUUUGCUCGUUUAUAGUUUGACCCCAUGUUUUCACUCCUGGACAGAACUUCAAACCUCCAGUUUUUCUUCAAUUUUCGACAACUUACUUCCUCUUCAGCCUGUGUGAGCUUCACCCUCGCAGUACUUGGAACACAGAUAAGCCUUUUUUUUUUCAGCCCCGCAGGGAAAAUCCCAACAAGUAUGAACUGUUCAGAGGGGGAGGAGCAAAGAAAGAAAACCAGGCUGAUCAGGUCUCUGCCUUUUAGUUUUUAACCUGCUGGCUCUUGGUGUUGGUGCGGUGUGUAACAGGCAGCCGACUCACCUGUAUGUCAGGAGGAAGUUGCUCCAGGUGUGGAUGUGUUGUGAGUAAAGAUUCCUCUUGUAAUUUUUUUUGUGGUGACAGGUAAGCAGGUUGUACGUGUUGUACCACCACAGACCAGUUAAUUCAAGUCUUUUUUGACAGCUUGAUGUUUCCCUCCAGGUGUGAAGCUCGAUAAAUGUCUCCCUUGGUGAGCAUGUUGGACCAAAGAGGCCAGGCUGUGUCCUCAGACUUCAAGUUCUGCCCAACAAAAGGAGAUUGCAUGAUUGAUGAGGCCAAACUCUCAGUUUCUAUCCAUUCAAUGCAGAAGAAGAACACAGUAAAAGAACUGCUGAUGUUGAGACGCCAGCAAUGGAAGCCUGAUCACAGAUUUAAGGUGGCAAGGUACGACGUUGCCACUGAUGUGAGUCCUCCAGUGCCAAGCCCACCUGCGCUCAUGAACCCAAACGUUGCGGCUAACUUCACCCCUGCUGUUCCUGAAAACAACUWCACGACCCCGCCGCGCAUUCAUCAUCCCUUCCAGCGUCCCGCUCUGCAGGGUCAAGAUGCUCCACCACCCGAGUUCAAGAUGACUCUGUUUCACUGGCAAAUCCAGCAAGAGUCCAAGAAGGCCGAGAGACUGAGUGCAGAGCAUCUGAACAUGCAGGACUCGGACGGUGACACAUUUCUUCACAUAGCUGUGGCUCAAGGUAGACGGGCUCUCACAUAUGUGCUCGCUGCUAAAAUGGCAAGAUGUGGCUCUCUGGACACAAAGGAACACAACGGGCAGACGGCUCUGCACAUCGCGGCUGCCACCAAUCAGCACCUCAUCGUCUGUGACCUUCUGACUCACGGAGCUCAGGUCAACAUCCGGGACCUGUGGGGUCGCUCUCCUCUGCACGUGUGUGUGGAGAAAGGCCACUUCCACAGCCUGCAGAGCAUCUACAGAACUUUAACAGGAAGUGGCCAGUCAGCUGAUGUGGAAAUGUUCAAUUAUGAUGGUUUGACUCCGCUUCAUGUGGCUGUCAUGUCCCACAAUGCUGUUGUUAAAGAGAUGAGGAGUCUCUCAAACCCCUGUAUGUACAUGACGUCAGAGCUGGCACAAAAGAGGCGCGUGUACGUGGAAUGUAUCAAGACCCUGAUGCACAUGGGCGCCUCCCACGGGACAAAGGAUCUGAAAAGUGGACGAACUUGUCUUCACAUAGCAUCUGAGGAUGCAAAUGUGGAGCUGCUCAACAUCUUUCUCGAACAGCCGACGUCACUGGCCUUCGUGAACGUCAAGACGUUCAGUGGAAACACGGCCCUUCACAUCGUCAGCUCUCUGCAAAACUACAAGAAUCAAGUGGAAGCCGUGAAGCUGCUGAUGAGGAAAGGCGCUGAUCCGGGGGCAAGGAAUUAUGAAAAUGAGCUGCCGUGUCAGCUGGUGCCCGAGGGCCCUGUGGGCGAAAAGGUGCGGCAGGUGCUGAAGGGGAAAUAUGUUCAUGUUUAAGUAAACUUUCACAGAACACUGUCAGUUAGACAGUCGGCUUUAUAAAAUAUCUGCCGUUACGCGGCAGAUGCUGGUUGUUUCAGUGAAACAUUUCCAUGUUGUUCAUUACUUUGUAAUGUUUAUACAAGUUUUUUUUUUUUCUUGGAUCUGUAAGUAUGAAGCAGGAAGUAAGAGGUUAAUUAUAAAUUCAACACUGAUUACUGUUUUAUGCCUGUGGCAAGCAGAAAAACACAAACAGCUCAGGAGUAAACUGAGAUUUAAAAAAUAUUCUUGGUGGGGUGGAGACUGAAGCAACUUUAUUGCUCUGACAGGAAAAAAAAGUUUUUUAUAAAGAAAAGUUUGAUUUUUCCAUGGAAGCAUCUUGAAAUGAGAAAUGACUAGUGAGUCCUUUGUGUUUUUAAAUUUAAUCUACAUUUUGUAAUAAAAUCAUCACAAAAUGAUAAAAUAUCUGUACAUUAGGUCAGCAUGUGUUAGACUAAUUACUAAAAAUAUAUAUUAUCUGAACUUUGAAGGCCAACAAUUUGCUUUGUUUCAUUUUUUGUUAUUUUGAUUUAAAAACCAUGUUUUACAGCACCAAAUGACCUCUCAAACUAAGAUAUUUUUACAGAUUUUUUCCCUAAAAUGCACAAAGUUUAAAGCAGAGAAAUGAAAGCAUUUCUUUUCUUCUAUAGAUGAAUCAAAACAUGUAAUUUUGAACAUGAGGCAAUUUGUUCAUAAUUUACAUUUAUUCUGUAAAUGUUAAACUUAUUACUUAAAAUUUGAAUUAAAAAUUAGCUUUAUGAAACAAUUGUUAGGAAUGAGCCAGUUAAAUCAGGAUACAUUAAACCUGCUUUAUACCCAGAUUUUUUAUUUUUUCUGCUUUGUAUUGAUGGCUGUGGAUUGUGAUGUGAUUACUACUGUUCAUCUGUUCUUUAGUGGUUUUUUUGUGUUAUUGUUUUGUGGGUUUAAUGUAGAAAUACCACAUUUUUGAAUCAAUAUUUUUGACUGUUUUUAUUUUGAAAAUUCUGCAGAUUUAAAACAAUAUAAUAGUCACAGGUUGUGGGAUUUGGUGUGAGGGUAAAUGUUUUUUCAAAAUGUAUUUGAUGACGUUUCAGUGAUUUUAUUGCACAUUAAAGGUGAUGGUAACAAACCAA